CACUCCCCUUUAAUAUGUAUCGUGGAUAGAGAAGCAGUAUGAGUGCAAUCAUAAUAUGAUAGGAUAUGUCAAGACAAUUUUGGGCUAUUCUUUCAGCCAAUGAAUGCCAGAAUCGUUGAUUUUGGUGUGAAACCCAAGCCUCAAACUCAAAUACAGUGGAUCGAGGAUCGAGUCGUGGGGUGGCAUCCUCUCUCUCCGUCCUCACUUUCCUGAAAAAGCAACUCCUUUCUUAUAGUCGGUGGAGAUGAGAAGAAUAACGGGAAAGGCAAGGGAUGAAAUUUUGAUCGAAAUGAAGAGCGCAAUGGACUCCCAGAUUGGAGAUGGCCCUGCUGUGCUGACAGCAUUCAGGAUGAAACUAUUAACAGAGGAAUGUAAUGUCCACAGUCUUAAUAACUUUAUAGAGGACGGAGGUACACAGCUACCUGGACACACAGAGACUGACAGACUACAGCAGAACAAAGACACCGUGUUCUUCAGGGACGGGGUUCGCAGGAUUGACUUCAUACUGUCCUACCUAGAUGACAAGGAUGGAGAGAAGAAGCAGGAGAGGAGGAGGGAGUUUGAGGCCAACCUUAAGAAGGCUGGACUGGAGCUUGAGACUGAGGACAAAUUGGACUCGGAUGAUCUGAAAACGUACUUCCUGAAGAUCCACGCCCCGUGGGAGGUGUUGGCCACCUACGCUGACGUGCUGAAGAUCAAGGUUCCCUUUAAGGAAAGCGACAUCCCCCACGGACAGGACGUUCCACUGGAGUGGCUCUCCCGACCGUUCCGCCUGCCAGAGAAGGUGAUGCGCCCACAGCCUGACUACUUCACCUCUCCAUUUGAUAAGGACAAGAUAGACUUCUUCCUCAUCAAAAACCAAGACACCUUCUUCCCCCCCUCUACACGCAACAGAAUAGUGUACUACAUCCUGUCUCGCUGUCCGUACUAUAAAGAGGACCGCAAGGAGACAGACAAGAAAGGUAUCAAGCGGUUACUGAACAACGGGACCUACACCUCAGCCUUCCCACUUCAUGAUUGUCGAUACUGGGAGAGGAACACAAAUGAGCAGUGUGAGAGCGAACGCUACCACCUCUAUAAGAAUUGGGCUAGGUUCCUCUGUUUCUACAAGGAGCAGCCCCUCAACCUCAUCAGGAAGUAUUAUGGGGAGAAGAUUGGGAUCUACUUUGCCUGGCUGGGCUUCUACACAGAGAUGUUGUUCUUUGCUGCGGUCAUGGGGGUCAUAUGUUUUAUCUAUGGUGUGCUAAGCUACGAUGACAAUUUAACAAGUAAGGAGAUCUGUGACCCCAGCAUUGGAGGGAGUAUUGUGAUGUGUCCGCUGUGUGAUAAGAAGUGUAGUUACUGGAAGCUCAACUCCACGUGUCUCUCAUCCUGGCAAUCCCAUCUGUUUGAUAACGAGGGGACCGUGUUCUUUGCCAUGUUUAUGGGGAUCUGGGGUAAGUGUCUGUCCACUCUGUUGUUACUGUAUUUAACCUGUUGGAGAAUUACACACGUGGUGUUUGUGGUGAAGUUCUUUGUGGCCUGGCUGAUCCCGGAUGUGCCAUCCGAGGUGAAGGCUCGGCUUAAACGGGAACGUUACCUCAUCCAGGAAUACCUGCACAACUACGAGGUUGAGAAGCUCAAGAUCCAGCUGAGUCAGAGUUUUAUCAUUGAACCCAAACCUGAGGUCUGCACUGCCACCGACAAGCAUGAUGUGUUAUCUGAGUAG